AUGGGGUUCCCGAAGCCCAGUGCCGCUAUGUUCAAGGCCAUGUUGAUCAAUGGUGCAGUUGAUACUGGAAAGAAAUGGGAGCUUCAAGACUUUUGUCGGAUCGACCUGGUCAGAUCGAUGAUUAUCAAUGGGAAACCCCGCAGUGGGGACUUUGUUGAAGCUGAGGUAGUUGAUGAGAAUACAAAGGACCAAUCCAUCAUUUCAUUCAACAUGAGUCUCUACAUGGAUGAUACCAUGAGAUCCUUCACUCCAAAAUUUACUUUGAUCUACACAGAUUCGUUGGAUCAGGACUAG